GGACACUCUGACUUACUAAUCUUUCUUACACGCAUUGUACCCAUAGUUCAACAUCCGCCUUUUAGUUUGGUCGUUGGAAAAAUGGGCAUAUCCCGCGACCACUGGCAUAAACGGCGAGCUACAGGUGGUAAGAGGAAGCCUCUUCGCAAGAAGAGGAAAUUUGAGUUAGGUCGGCCAGCAGCAAAUACCAAGCUUGGUGCCAAACGAAUCCACACAGUUAGGACAAGAGGUGGUAAUAAGAAGUAUCGUGCUCUGCGAUUGGAUCAGGGGAAUUUUUCCUGGGGUUCAGAAUGCUGCACCCGCAAAACCAGAAUCAUCGAUGUCGUUUACAACGCCUCGAAUAAUGAGCUGGUGCGUACAAAGACACUCGUGAAGAAUGCCAUCGUCGUUAUCGAUGCCACACCAUUUCGUCAGUGGUACGAGGGCCAUUACGCCCAGGCACUUGGAAGGAAGAAGGGAGCUAAGUUGACUGAAGCAGAUGAAGCCGUGUUGAACAAGAAACGGUCGAAGAAAGUGGAGAAGAAGUACAAAGCCCGGGAAAAGCUUGCCAAAGUAGAAGCCGCUCUUGAGGAGCAGUUCCAGGCAUCACGAGUACUCGCUUGCAUCUCCAGCCGCCCAGGUCAGUGUGGUCGAGCCGAUGGCUACAUAUUGGAGGGAAAAGAACUUGAAUUCUACAUGAGGAAGAUUAAAGCUAAGAAAGGAAAAUAAGUUACAAUGUAUUUUAUGUGUUAAGAGGGUCUGAGAAAUAAAAUCCUUUGUCAGACGACGA